UACAACAUAUAGCCCCACUACUGUCUGCAGCCCUGAGAAUCCUUCUCAGUCAAAUCUCAUUCUAAACUUCUCUUUUUCUUUCUUCAUCUCUCCCCACGCGCAGACAAAGAGGUUAUCAAGUUUUAAGUUAAAGAGAUCACACUCUGAGGUGAGGUGAGAGCUCCAUUAUCUCUAGUGUUGAAGCUUCCAAGCUUAUUACAUGGAUGAGAAGUGGAAGCUAUCUAAGAAGGAAGCUUCGGGUACCCAUUGUUCAAGUUCUUCAAAGUUCUCACUUCCAAGGAGUUUUUCAACAAAGAGUAUUUCUUCCAAGUCUCCUCUUCUUAGGAGUUCUUCACAGAAGAACUCAUGUUCCUCUUCAUCAUCUUCAUCAUCAUCUAAAUGUGCACUACCAAGAAGUUAUUCACAAAAGACUUCCAUUUCCCGUAAAUGCAGUAGCUUAGCCAAGGAGCAGAAGGCAAGGUUCUACAUUAUGAGGCGGUGUGUUGCCAUGCUUGUUUGCUGGCAUAAACAUGGAGAUUCUUGAAGGAAAACAAAAGAGAUCAAUGGAGAUACGAUCAUAUAUAGAUCAGUAGGGAAUUAAGGUUCCUUCCCCUUUUCUCCACUCGUUUAUGCAGGAUGGGUUCUUUGGAUUUGUUUGUCUUGAACUCAUGGAUUUUUACAUCCAUUGCAUCAAGAACAAAUAAAUGUCACCGAGUUUUUCUUGCUUA